AUGGAUAAACGCCUCUUUGGCUACCCUCCGGCUCGCAUCCGGGUGCCGUCCAUAUUCUUCAACACCGCUUCCUCGUCUACAAAAACACUCUCAACAAAUUCACCAAAGCUCCGCCUUAAUUCGGAGCCCAACUCAGCAAGCGCCUCAGAACAAGCGCUCCAGCUAAGUCGCGGACCUUCAACGGGUAACAGUCAGCAGUCAAGCUACAACUUGGACAACCCAUCUUCGAUGGGGAGCUUUACCCGCAUUCCCACAGAAGUGAGGAUGAUCAUCUAUCGCCUUGUACUCCCCGAACAAUGCCGUGGCAUUCUGCCAAUCUCUACGAUGUUACAUCAGAGCUACGAACUAGGUCAACUCGUCUACCAAAACGCUGCCAUCUUUCAGACUUCGAAAGCAAUCAGUCGGGAGGCAAUGGACGUGUUCUACUCAGAAACCCUGUUCAACAUUAAUCCCUGGAAAUUCAGCCCACGGCUAAAUAAGAAGCAUCAUCUUACUCAUCCAGGGCUGCCCCUCACUCAGAAUGUGCGUUUUCGGAUGGAUUAG